AGUUACUCCGUUGAUUUUUACGAAUUUAAACAGUACAAUAAUUGUAUUUUAUUGGUGAAAUGCGGCGCGGAACAAAGGGACACCGACGUCAGGCCGCGCGGCGUGAUGCCGGAGAUGCAAAGGGUGGUGGUGUGCCACCGCACACAGAACAUUUCCAGAUAUGCGUCCAUGUGAUUGAAGCUCGUAAUUUAGUAUGGAGUUUCCCUCUAUCGGGUACAUCGUAUGUUGUAAUGGUUUACGGUAAAAAGAAACGAAGGACUACGCUCAGGAAAAACAUGGUAGAACCCGUUUAUAGAGAGAGUUUUGUCUUUGAUACCUGCAAGACAAUGCAUGACCUAGAAAAUUCUAAAAUUUGGAUGGGUGUCAUGGAGACGAGAAUGUGCAGCUCACCAAGGUUGAUGGGGGAAGGUUACAUCGAAAUUGGCGAGAUAUGGGCACAGCCAAAUCAUCAUGUUGAUGAGAAGUGGAUACAAUUAACAUUGCCAACGUUGCCGGAGUCCGUCGGUUUUAUCAAAGUCUGCGUUAUUGUAAUAUUUAAAGGAGACAGUGAAGCAAUCGAAAUGCAUACUAAAACGCCAGGCGAAAAUGAUGACAACAUUCAUCAAGCGUCAUCGAGCUCUGAACAGCAGAAGGCAAAUUACAAAUUUAAAAUUUUUGCCGCUUUAGGUUUGAAUGCGGGUGAUCGACGCCAUGGAAAAUCUUUGAAUACCUUCGUUAAAGUAUCUUUUUCUGGACUAACGGCUAAAACAGGAGUGAAGCAUCAUGACAAUAACCCACAGUACUGUGAGCAAAUAUCAAUGGUGGAGAUGUUUCCCAACAUUAACCAAAAAGUGUCCUUCGAAGUUUUUACACAUGAGGGUGUCAGUACUAAGAUCCUGGCGUCUUCAUAUUUAUACUUGAAUUGGAUCUCUCAUGAUGGAAAUAAUGGUUUUGUGCCGACUUUUGGACCAUCUCUGUUGCAUAUGUAUGGAGCAUUAAAUAACCAACCGGAUAUAGAAGGUCCUUAUCAUCGCGGGGCCUUGUUGGUGUCAUUGAAUACUAUAGUUCCUUAUGAUUUGCAGAAAUUCAGGUCUGUCAAUGUUGAACCAAUCAUGCCUGUAAAACUUGAAACAUUGUGGCGAUGGGAAAAUUUUUGCAUAUACUGUCCUAUUCUACAAAUGUCUAUGAUUGAUGGUUGGUUGGAAGGGAGAUGUGGUGUAUCUAUAACAAUAGGAGAAAUGUUCAAUCACUAUGGUGAAGAGAAAAAUGAUGAAGCAGAAUUUAUGGCGAUGUUGAGUGAAAUCCAUUCGAAUGUAAAUGCAAGGAUGUGGUUUUUCGGCGCAGCAGCAGGGAGGCAGGCUCCAAGGCCUCGAGGCCCUGCCGUGCUGGCCUCGGCUGACUGCGGAGUACCUCCUUUCCAAGUCAUCUCACACGACUGCCAUUCAGUACCGAGGAAAAGGGGACUCGCUGAAUGGAUGUGGACACUAACUGGUCAUAAUCGCGAGCCUCGAGCCAAACUGGACCAUGGUGGAGAGCUACAAAUAAUGCUGCCGAGUCAAGUUCAAGACAAGUUGAAUUCUGGCGAAGUGUGCCUUUUGGCUGAAAGCCCAUACCGAAUAUUGAGGGCAGCUGAAAGUGGCAAUGUGGAAGAUUUUAUGCGCUUGUAUCUAAGCGAACCCUCGCGGUUAGCAGUACGUGACGUCCGGGGCAGAACAGCUGCCCACCAAGCUGCGGCGAGAAAUAACACAAAUAUUUUACAUUUCAUCAACAACUACGGAGGCGAUCUAAAUGUCAAAGACAACAAUGGUAACACGCCCUUGCACGUAGCUGUGGAAAAUGAAGCCAUAGACGCCAUUGAAUUUUUAUUACAACAAAAUAUUGACACAGGAUUGUUAAACGAGAAAACUCAAGCCCCUAUUCAUUUAGCCACUGAAUUAAAUAAGGUGACUGUGCUUCAAGUUUUCGCAAAAUAUAAAACCCAAUUCAACGUAGAUUUAGGCGGCGAGCAUGGCCGAACUGCUCUUCAUAUUGCUGCAAUACACGACCACGACCUCUGUGCUAGAGUAUUGAUCACGGAUCUGGGCGCGCAAUGCAAGCGGCCUUGCAACAACGGAUACUAUCCAAUCCACGAAGCCGCAAAGAACGCUUCAUCGAGAACUAUGGAAGUGUUCCUACAAUGGGGAGAAGCCAGAGGGUGUACGAGAGAACAGAUGAUAUCUCUGUAUGACAAUGAAGGCAAUGUGCCGCUUCACUCUGCCGUGCAUGGAGGAGACAUAAAGGCGGUUGAAUUAUGCCUGAGAUCUGGCGCUAAAAUUUCGACGCAACAACAUGAUCUGUCUACUCCGGUACACUUGGCAUGUGCUCAGGGGGCUCUAGAAAUCGUGAAACUUAUGUUUACUAUGCAGCCGAAGGAGAGAUUGGCCUGCCUCACGUCCUGCGAUGUCCAGAAAAUGACGCCCAUACACUGCGCUGCCAUGUUCGACCAUCCUGAUAUAGUAAACUAUCUUAUUUCUGAGGGUUCUGAUAUCAAUCCGUUAGAUAAGGAAAGAAGAUCGCCUCUUUUGCUGGCGGCUUCUAGAGCAGGAUGGAGGACGGUUCACACUCUGAUAAGGCUUGGUGCAGAUAUUCAACUAAAAGAUAUAAACUCAAGAAAUGUUCUGCAUCUGGUAGUGAUGAAUGGUGGACGGUUAGAAGACUUUGCAGCAAAUUGCAAGGAUCGAUGUGAAAAGAGCCUAGCUCAGUUGUUAAACGAGAAAGAUAACACUGGUUGUUCUCCAUUGCACUAUGCUAGUAGAGAGGGACACAUCAGAUCUUUGGAAAAUCUAAUCAGACUCGGAGCUUGCAUUAAUUUGAAGAAUAAUAACAACGAGAGCCCAUUGCAUUUUGCUGCCAGAUAUGGCCGCUAUCAUACCGCCUGCCAACUCCUAGAUUCCGACAAGGGCACUUUUAUUAUAAACGAAAGCGACGGCGAAGGGCUCACACCUUUACACAUUUCUUCAAGGGAAGGUCAUACAAGGGUCGUACAAUUGCUUCUAAACAGGGGUGCUUUACUGCACAGAGACCACAAUGGGAGAAAUCCGUUGCAUUUGGCUGCCAUGAGUGGUUACACGCAAACUAUUGAGCUCUUACAUUCGGUUCAUUCGCAUUUACUAGAUCAAGUCGAUAAAGAUGGGAAUACACCGCUUCACCUCGCUACAAUGGAAAAUAAGCCUAACUCCAUAGCUUUACUGUUGUCUAUGGGUUGUCGGCUGAGCUACAAUAAUUUGGAUAUGAGCGCCAUUGACUAUGCUAUCUACUACAAAUUCCCUGAGGCUGCUCUAGCUAUGGUCACUCACGAGCAUAGAGCAAAAGAGGUAAUGUCAUUGCGGUCGGACCGCCAUCCAUGCGUGACUCUUGCACUCAUCGCCUACAUGCCAAGAGUUUUUGAAGCUGUACAAGAUAAAUGUAUUACCAAAGCCAACUGCAAGAAAGAUUCUAAAAGCUUUUACAUUAAAUACAACUUCGAAGCACUGUGUCCUCAAGUGAAGGACGAAGACUGCGUCAAGAGAACUGAGAGCGUGCCCAAGUCGCAGAAAAUACCAUUGCCUGCUCUCAACGCAAUGGUAGCUCACGGUCGCGUCGAACUCCUUGCUCAUCCUUUGAGCCAAAAAUACUUACAAAUGAAGUGGAAUUCUUACGGCAAAUACUUUCAUUUAGCAAACUUGCUUUUUUAUUGUAUUUAUUUGACAUUUGUAACCGUUUAUACAUAUCUUUUGAUGGCAAACGCUGAUCCCAGUACAUCAUCAGUCCAAAGACUCGAAGAUCAAAUAUGCAAAUCGAAUAAUGAGACGAACAAUGGUAGUGCAGCAGUUUCAUCUGAUUGCGAAAGUAAAAAUGCCGAAUUCAAUGGUGAUUUUGAAUCUUUGGUGGCAAUGUAUACAAGUACCGUGGCAAUUCUUGUCUACAACGCAAUCUGUCUGGCUCGUGAAGCGUACAACGUGAAACAACAGAAAUGGCAUUACCUGGUUGACCCUUCGAAUUUUGUGUCGUGGCCGCUUUAUAUCUCUUCGUCCCUAAUGGUAUUCCCCACUAUUCUUGGAAACUAUAGAGAUAUACAGUUCUCCGCAGCCUCAAUGACGGUAUUUCUAUCUUGGUUCAAGCUGUUAUUGCUCUUGCAACGUUUUGAUCAAGUCGGUAUCUACGUGGUGAUGUUUCUUGAAAUUCUGCAAACCCUCAUCAAGGUCUUGAUGGUAUUCUCAAUCUUGAUCAUCGCAUUCGGAUUGGCGUUUUUUAUUCUUCUUUCUAAAGGUCAGCAUGUAUCUUUCAACAGUAUCCCUAUGUCUCUAAUGCGAACCUUUGCUAUGAUGCUGGGUGAAAUAGAUUUUGUCGGGACCUACGUGCAGCCAUACUAUAAACCGGAGAUAGACGUAAUCCUGCCAUUCCCGAUGCCAACCUUUCUCAUUCUUGGAGUCUUCAUGGUUUUGAUGCCAAUUUUGCUAAUGAAUUUACUAAUCGGUUUGGCUGUGGGAGAUAUUGAGAGCGUGAGAAGAAAUGCUCAGCUUAAACGUUUGGCUAUGCAAGUGGUUCUUCACACCGAAUUGGAAAGGAAUCUGCCAGCGAUCCUGUUGGAGAAGGUCGACAAAGACGAAUUGAUUGAGUAUCCGAACACUAAUAAAUGCAAGCUCGGCUUCCUUGACCUAAUACUGCGAAAGUGGUUUUGUAAUCCGUUCACGGACGAUGCUGGAUUGGAUCUGGUGUUGGAAAGUAGUGAAGACUUCAUCACAAAUGAAAUGGACAAACAGAAACGACGGCUAAGAGAGAUGUCGCAAUUGCUGGAACAACAACACACUCUCGUCAGACUCAUCGUUCAGAAAAUGGAGAUAAAAACGGAAGCUGACGAUGUGGACGAAGGAGUUUCUCCGUCGGAGACGCGCGUGAUUCCGCGCUGGAGCUCUCCCAGGAUCAGAAAGAAAUUGCGCACCGCAUCCUCUUUUAAUAAAGGCGGCUAAAUUUAUUGUAUUUAGAUUGCGGCUUACUUAGGAUAAAAUAUAAUGGAAAUGGUGUCACGCGCUGGCAUAAAUGUGCCGCAUGUAAUAUCGUGGAACUUUAACCGUCUUACUACGAAAAGAUUUGGAACAAUGUCUUCACUUUAAAACACAUUGCCAUUUCUAGUUAUAAUCUUUUCAUUCUGGGCGGUAUGCAAUUGUUUCUUUUCGAUGUUGUUUAAAAUAGUUUUAUUACAUGUGUAAGACGGUACAUCAACGGUAGUUACUUCGUCCACUUUCUAAUCACUUACAUUAAAUGAUCUAAAAACUACUGGAAAAUUUAUGACCCGUUUUAUUCUUUCACUUUGUUAAUAGAUAUGGACUCCUGUAUUUUCACCCGAAGCAUAUGUUAUAAUUUCGUCGUUUGGCUCCCUGACCGUUCCUCGAUUUUAUAAUAGCCCUUUAGCAAAGCUCUUGCACUUUUUUUGUCAACCAUACAAUGUAUUGUGUUUAGUUAUAUGUACACAAUGGUGGUGAAUAAAGUUUAUUAUCUAAAAUCUCUCACCUCUCUCUCAUCUCUCUUCAAGCUAUAGCCCGAAAGAGGGUAGCCUCCCUGAGCGCAGGUUGAACUGCACCCCCAACCGCCAUCUCAAUGUCAUUGCUGACAGGAUGGAUGGGCCCUUUUUAUAUCACUGGACACAGCUCAAUUCUAGUUUUAAUAAUAAUGUGUACAAUUAUUACUAACAUUAGUACAUAAGACUUUACUAACAACUCUGGACUAUGUAAUUUGAAUGUAAUUUAAAUGUGUCUGAAAUAAAGUUAUUAUCAUUAAAACCAGGCAUUGCGUUGCUACUUGCAACGCGUUCUCGUACACUGAACAAAUUUUAAAACAUAACGUGCGUUCCACUUUUUAAAUAAUUUUUCUCGUUUAUCGAAUAUAAUAUAGUUAAAUGCAGUGUAACACCAUUUCCAAUACCGGUCGAAGUGCUUAGUAAGUAAUAUAUGUACCUACACGAGUGUAUUGUCAAAAUAGUUCUAUGUAAAAUGUAUUGAAUUAGAUCGUACAUAUUUGAAUUAUAUAAAAUAAAUAAAUAAUGUAUAAAAUAAAUAAAUAUAUGUAUAAAAUAAAUAAAAAGCGAAGAUUUUACUUUACUUUUUGGUAACAUCACGUGAGAUCAUCUAGAUACUAUCAGAGUGGAAUUUCUAGUGUCCUCAUUUCACCUCGGACUCGAAUAUCACUCAGGUAUGAACUUAGUGUAUUGAUUCGACAUUAAUAGUCUUCUUUGUGCAUCUUGCCAUCAAUUCACCCAAGUUUUCAUUCAAAAGAUUUCCACACAAAACUAAGCAAGUUAGAAAUUUUAAAUUUAAAAAUGUUUUGUCUAGUUUAUUAGGAAAAAUAUUUUUAUAAUUAUAGAUUAAAGGCUAAAAGCUUUUUAGAUAAAACUGUUCGGAUUAUACUAUAUAAUGUUUUUACUAUUUCAAACACUGAAUAAAAAUGUAUUUAGUGUUUGAAUUAUUUUACUACAGUUACUGGUUACUCGAAGAGCUAUCAAGAUACGACGUUAUUAGUAGAUGACACAACAUUAAUUUGUUGACAGAUAACAAAGUUGUGUAACAAAUUAAAUAAUUUUCUAGUAUAAUCUAGUAUAAUUUCAUGUUUACCCUUAUUUGUUAUAUUAUACCGUGGAAAUGUAAUGAUGUGAACAAUUGUGUAGUUUUAGAUUAUGAUGUGUAAUGUAAAUUUUUGUCUAUGUUUGACUAGUGAUUUCAAUUUAUUUUUGUUAUAUUUUAUCAUGAUUUUUACACUUUCUGCCGAACCACAUAUCUGCUAUAUACAGUAUACAGAAAUAUUGUAUUGUAUUUUUUUAUAAGAAUAAACACAA